AUGUAAUUUGUGCAAAGUUCUUGCAAUUUUCACGUCAUUUUAACGAACGACCUCAUGAUCGACCUUCAACGACCGUAGAAUCAGUGAUUGUUGUCAUUUCCUGAGUAAAUUCGACACAUUUCUCAAGCCAUCACUAAAAUGACUGCGCUGUUGCUUGGCUGGUUUCGACCAUGCUUGGCUACAAAGUUGUGCGUAGUUUGAAAAAUUAUUUUCUUACUGGAAAAAUGGUUGACGCUAAGAUCAAAGAUUUCGGCUAUAAUUUAUGUCGAAAAUAUCUCGGUGGGAAAUGGAAGAAAAUCAGUCCACAACAUUUUGAAAUUGAACGAAUUCAUGGUGGAUUAACGAAUCAUUUGUUUCUGUGCUCUUUGCCACAUGAAUAUGCAAAUUAUAAUCCUGAUGGUGUGAACAAAGCACUGCUUCGGCUAUAUGGUGCAUUCUAUGCAGAUUUGUCUGACAACAAUGUUCGCAUGAUGGAGGAAUGCAUCAUUUGUGGCCUUUUAGCUGAAAAAAAGAUGGCCCCAGAGUUGUAUGGUAUAUUUCCUGAUGGAAGACUUGAACAGUUUAUUCCUAAUGUUCGAGCAUUGACUAGUCGGGAAGUCCAGUAUCCUCGUUUAUCACAACAAAUAGCUGAGCAUGUAGCUGCGUUUCAUAAGCUAAAACUUCCUCUCUCAAAGGAAGGAACUUGGUUUUUGGAUUCACUUCAAAUGCACGUGGUUGAAAACAGCCAAUCACCAGUUUUCUUCUGCCAUAAUGACGUACAACCAGGAAACUUGUUGGUGAAAGCAAAUGAAGAUCUCGAUGAGGCAAAAAUUCGUGUGAUUGAUUUCGAAUAUUCUUGUUAUAACUACAGAGGAUACGAUAUUGGUAAUCAUUUCAGUGAAUGGAUAUUUGAUUAUAAUCAUCCACAUUAUCCCUUUUUUACUGGAGACGUCACCAAAUAUCCUUCUUAUGAUCAAAAGGUAUUUUUUGUCCGUGCGUAUUUACAAGCUUACAAUGAAACGACUGACGUCACGUUAGACGAGAUUGAAAAAGUUAUCGACGAAGCUGAUAGAUUGUCUCUUCUUUCUCAUUUCUUUUGGGCAAUGUUUUCAAUUCUUCAAAGUUAUAAAUCCUCGAUUAAUUUUGGUUAUCUCGAAUACGCCCUUUUUCGAAUGGAAUGUUUAAAUCAUUUCAGGCAUUUUUCCGAGGAGAAACCUGGAGACAAGUUUAGGGUGAAUUUUGAGCCCGUCACAAGUUGCUGAAGAUCGAGAUAUUCAUUUUUUGGUGAUUAGAAAGAAUAUCAUUAUGUAGUAGCAUAUAUGUAAAUUAACUGCACCAACACAUGUGUUUGUUUGCGUCUCCAUUCAAAGUCUUCUUGAAUAACGGUUUUCUUUUGAAUUUACCAAUUACGAACAGCAAUGGGCUUAAAUGUAAGGUGUGUAUGACUGCGUUCACUUGUGUGUGAAUUUCUACUCAAAUUUUCAAAUGAAUAAUAUAGUGGUUUAAAUCUAUCUAAA